ACUCCGGGAGUCGGGAUGGCGGAUCUCGUCGUCUCUCUGCUCGUGCUCGCGGGUAUAGUUCUCGCGUGCGAGGUCGCGAGGCGGGCAAGCGCGAGGCUGCUGUCGCGCGGCGUUUACGGCGCGUGCGCGGCCGAGCUCAUCUCCACGCUGCAGCUGUGCGCGUGCACGCACGAGCUCAAGCUGCUGGGCGACGCCGGGGUCUCGCAGCGGCCGCCGCUCCUCGCGCUCGCGCUCACGUACGGCACGUCGGUGGUGCACGCGCUCACGUCCUGCGGCGCGACCUGCAACCCGUCAGGCGCGUGCGAGCGCUUCCUCCGCGAGCGCGGCGGUGGGCUGAGCGCGGGCGCGCGCGUGGCGGCUCUGACGGCACGCGUGGCGUGCCAGUUCGCGGCGGCCGUCGCGGCUCGCGCCGCCGUGCGCCACAUGUGGGCGCGCGGGUUAUCGGAUCUGCACGCGCGGCACCGAGCGUCCGCCUUCCGGUGCUCGAGUCCCAUCGGGCACGCGCCCCUGCUUGAGGCCGCGGCCGUGGAAAUGGCGUGCGCCUUCGUCGUGCACGCCGCCGGCUCGUGCACGCGCAGCCUGCAGGAGAAGUACAGAGUGCACGCGGUGGCGGCCGUGAUCACCUCGGCGGUCUAUGCAGGGGGAAGCACAACAGGGGCAGUAUUCAACCCAGCGCUGGCGUUUUCAACACAGUUUCCCUGCACCGGCGGCACGUUUGCGGAGUACAGCUUGGUGUACUGGAUGGGGCCACUACUCGGCAUGGCAGCCUCAGUCCUGCUGUUUGAUAAAGUCAUUCCGGCUCUUUCUGUGAAGAGCACGGCCGACACCAUCGAGCAGAAGAAGGAGAAGUAAAUGAAACUGGAGGCCUGUAAAAGAAACCCUGAAGUUCUUCAGUGAAGAAGUCUUAUAUACUGGUUACUGUUGCACAUUUUAUAAGCACCGAAAGGUCAUUUCAGUGUUAUUUUGUCCCAACGCUGUCAGUGUGAUUUAACCCCUUAGACUCUGGUCUGUAUCUGGAUCCUCACUGCGACUCCUCUUGCAUAGAACCUAAAAACCUGCACAUUAGUUUCAUAAUAGUUAUCCAUUAAUUUUGGAAGCUCACGUCUCCUAGAGAGAGAAGAAAAAAAUUACUUGACAAAAUUCUGACACUAUAAUAAGUUGAAUAUAAAGAAAGUAAGUAAUUAUUUGGUGAUAAUAAGUCAAAGAACCAUUUUGAGAUGCUUGAGUCAAAAUUUUGACAUACGGCUGCCAGAAACUGAAGAAUAAAUCAUGGGCGAAAAUAUAUAUUUCAGAAUAGUGGCUCUGUACUUCGACUUAUUAUCACCAAAUAUUUACUUACUUUCUUGAAAUUCAAAAAGCUCAUUAUUUAAUUAUUAAUUUAUUAAAGUAUGUCGAAUUUUGUCUUUAUUUUUCAUUAUUAGUUCCCUGAUGAACUUUAAGGCUGAUGCAUUUUGUCUGAUAGAACUUUUCUACCAAAUAUCGCUGUUAUUUGAAUUGGCUACAUGAAAGCCAGCGCUGCUGCACAUUUAACUGAGACUGGCAACCUCACAUGAACACCCCACGCAAACCAGCUGACAGCAUUUCAAAAGAGCUGAGCACAAAGCAGACCAGGACACAGUGGAGGUUCUUGAGCAAAACAGAGCGAAACACCUCGAAGGGUGAACUCCAAAACCUCACAAAAGCACAAAGAGAACAAAAGUAUUGUCGUGUUUCGCGUGACGUCCCACUGUAUAGUCGCUGCCAUUUGGAGGACCGAAUCAGGGUGACUGCACUGUCGCGAUGCCUUCAAUUAGCUGUGCUUUGUGAAUGAUUCACCUGUAAGACGCGACAGAAGCCGAGAGACGAGAGACACACAGACCUUUAAUUCAGUGUUUUCACUCCAGGC